AUGUCGUCCUCAAUCGAAGUGGACACCGUUCUGGUGCCCAUGCAACUGGACGCCUUUGUGCUCAACCCAUCCGUCUGCGGUACGGGAGCGGCCGACGAUACGAGUGCUCGGAUCUGCCCCAUCACGCAACCCAAUUAUACGUUCCUACGACUAUCAAACUUCUUGAUCCAGAGCGAUGUCCAGGGGCACGCGGACCUGCACAGCACGGCUCCAGCCACCAUCAACUCCCGCAUGACGGACCUCGGCGCUCGCCCAGAGCCUCAGCCUCUGCGCCAUCGCUAUGGCGUCUACGUUCACUGGACGCUGCCUCGCUUCUAUCGUGCGGGCGUCUCCUCGACCAGUACGGUGCCGCAGCGUCGUCGCCGGCAGGAGCGGCUCCGGCGAGGACUGCGGACCGCCUCAGGCUCCGUGCCCGAAGGUGUUGGUGAGACACCAGAGUUCGUCGAGCCGCCAACGCGUUGGAUGGUGCUGCGCAAGUUGGACGUCGACAGCAUUCAGCCGGCCGAGGCGAGGCCUGCCUUUGCCGAUCGCGAGUACGAAGCUUGGGUGGUGGAAAGCGACCACUUGUGGUCGCUCGACGACAUUCCAUUGGACGCAGAUUUGCAAACGGACUUGGCGCCCUUUGUCACGGGCAGCGCCGCGGAUGGCAAGGUAAAUAUCGAGGAGCAGGCCGAAAUCUUCAUCGGCCGAAAGACGCCCCUUGCAGAGUGGUCCGGCCAGGAGAACGCCAACGCCCAACCGCCCAGCAUCAGCUUGCUCCGCAGUGGCAACCAGCUCUUUGCCGACUUCCAGAUGCACAACGCCAACGUCUUUAGCAUUCUCGACAAUUUCGAGUACAAAGAGUAUGUCGACGGCAAGGCGAACAAAAAGUAUCUCACCUACGCCAAAGCCAGCUACCAUGUCAUCGGCUGGCACUGGAACCCUAGCGUCGACCCCUUAUGGACCUCCGGCGAGAGUGUCGCCCACGGAGCUAGCCUCGACGCUCUCUUCAUGACCAUGCAGGGCGCCACCCAGGGCUCCGAAUGGAACGAAUGGCUCGAGGCCGUGAGCCAGCUCCGUGUCAUGUGCCACGGCGCCAUGUACGACGUCACCUGGGACCACGAUACCAAGCCCACGCGAGUCCCGGCGGAUGAGUACAACGCCCGCAUGUGCGAUCCAACCCAGGCAGCCGUCUCGGUGGGCACCACACCCAUGGACGCUCUGCUGUCGUACUGCCACGCGCGAAAGGACCAGCCUGGUAGGCCGGGGGACAUUGCCAAGCUGGAAGAGGACAUUCUCGCCAUUGAAUCCCUGCUGCACGCGCGCGACGAUGGUGUCGAGGAACAACGCGAGGCCAAAGAUUCCAUUUACAACUGGUCAUUUGCCCGCUCCGCCGGAGGCUCCCAUUUUCACCUGUCUGGGCCGGAUGCUCAGGGGGGCAAGCAGCCGCUGGAGCCCGAUCGUGAAACGGUUCUCAAGCUGCGCGAGCUCAAUCAAGUGCAGGGCCUUCUCGAUGCCUGCAACAAAACGGUUCGGCAGUAUCGUUGGGACAUGUUCUCGCUGUGGUGGCAGUACGUCAGCGACGUUGGGAACAAUUCCGACCCCAGUCUGCCGGAGAACGAGGAAUUCAAGGCCAAGACGAAGGAUCUAUCAGAUCGCAUCACCGGCCUAAACACUCGCAUGCUGAACCUCGAGGCGCAAGUCGAUGCCUUGCGGGCUUCCGACUUGCUGAAGACGGCAGAGCCUGCGAGCAAGCCUGUCUACUACCGAGCAAACGACCCCACCGUCCUUGUCGGUGGCAUCGCGUCCGGGUGGUCAACGGACUACUUGGAAAACGUGUCCGUCCGCGCACCGUUUCACACCAUUGCGCCAACUGACAUAUCUGGUGUGCCCGCCUCCCUCCAGGCUCUCUCCGACUCGCUACGGCAGCGGCUACCCGAAGUUUUCAAGACUCCUGCCGAUGCCCUGCUGGCCGAGUUUCACCUCAUCCGGCCCGGUGGUGACUCUGGAACGGCCGGCGAGGGCAAGUACUACCCGCAGUUUCAUGACACCAGGAGUCCCGAUGGGAGCUGGCGAGAUCAGUGGGGCGACCGACAACCAUGGUUCCCCCUGUUUGUCGAGUGGGAGACCGAGUACACGCAUGUGCCCUUUGACUACUGGAGCUUGGAUGAGCAUACUGCGCGUCUGUCGGCCAACGAGCUCGUUCGCUACGGCAUCUCCGUGCCCUCGAACGGCGAGAAGCCGCGGCCGUUGUGGGAGGCCCUCGGUGGUCGAGACACGCGUGUGUUGUCUGGGCGGGUGCUGAUCCUGCCGCAGCCCAGCUUCUCGCUCGGGGCAAAGAUCACGCAGCUGUUCCAGGACACGCCGCCAAGUAUACUGGACAAGUACUUGUCCGAGGAGGACCGUCGAAACCUGGAAAGCAAUGUCUCGAAGCUCUCUUUCCUAUCGUCACCGCUCUCGGGGUUUGCGGCUGGCCUGGUGACGCAAGCUCAAGGCAGUCACAUCAAGCCCGAGAACAAGAUCGUCGGGCCGGACGGGGAAUCGAGCUCCGCCAUCCCCGCGGCCGUCAACGACAAUGCCGGAUUGACCAAGGAGAAGAUCGAGCUGAUUGAGGGCGAAUCGGCUUCGACGCCGUACGCGGCACUGGCCAACUUCCUCGAUAAGCAGUACUGCCCGUUCAAGCCGGUUACUCAUGGGCAGUUCAGAUUCCGCAAGUUCAACAUCAUUGACAAGUUUGGUCAGACGCUGGUGCCCAUUGACCAGAAUCCACGUCUGGGCGGGCCACCGCCUCUCUAUCCUUGCAUCAGCGACUUUUACGAGCCCCAGACGAUCGAGUUGGAUGAUGGGGUGUACGCCAACACCGUCAUCAAGGACAACCCCGAUCAGUGCGAGUUUGUGCAGCUGCCACCCCAGAUAAACCAGAAUGGACGACUUAAUGCGGAAUUUGUUAAAAGGAUCACGGACGAUCCGACCAGUGAGCAAAAUCGGUUUAAAAGUCAACAGUCUCCGGGAAUCGCCGCCUCGGCCUCGUGGCGCCCCGCAUCGGAGUGGGAGAACCCGAUCUGGGGCUGGAUCAUUACCAACUACGCCGACUACGGCAUCCAGCUGUUCCUCCCGGAUGGUACUUUCUACCGCGAGGUGCGCUUCGGCGGCCCGCUGGGCACCCUAGACGCGCCCAAGUGGUUACCCUUCAGCCCCGACGAUGCGGCUCCGACCCCUGAGACCCGGCAGCUUGAUGCCCUCGUGACCAAACUUGUUGAGCCAGAGUACCUCAAGGGCUUCUGGUACAUGGUGACGACGGCGCAGGAGAAACUGCCUGCCGCCCCGUCGGCGUACGCUCAAUUUCUCAACUCGAUCGUGGGCAAGCCGUUGGCCCUCGUCAAUACCGGCUGGUCGCUGGAGCUAGACGCGCCGCCAUUCGUGAAUCAGAGCACCAAGAGCAAAGUCCAGGAGCCGGAGCGCCAGCUGACGCAGCCAGAAACCGGCGAGAGGCCUUUUUAUCAGCUUCAGAUACGCCUCGGCGACCGUGACGCCGGCUACGACGGUCUCGUCGGCUACUUCGACACAACAGCACCGGGAACGAGCGAGCUCAACCUCGACUACAUCAAGACCUUCUUUGCGCCAGAGGCCGGCAUGAAACCGCUACAGCGUCUUACCACGAAUAACUAUCCGCUUUUCACCCCAUUUUGGCAGCCUCCGUUCCCAACGCAACCACCUUACGGUAACCCUUCAACCAUCGCCGACCCGGUGGGCUUUGACGACCAGCGCAACGCACGAAUGUCCGUUUUCGGUGCCAUUGUCGAUCCGUUUACACCUGUUCACGCAUACUCGUCAUUCCUGCCGGCUUCGACGCUGCUGUUGCCAUCUUGGACCUGGCAAAAGGCCAUGGAUGCCAUGACUGCCUUUUUUCAUGCUGGACCGCUAACGCUUCCACUUAAGGAUGUGCCAGCCUACGACCCUGGACAGAAGUUGACGAGUGGAAACGCCAGAGAAAUGCCCAAGCGAGACUUGCCGCUGCCAUCGCUGGGGCAGGGGGACUGGAGCUGGUUUGAACCCUAUGCUGUUGAGGGGGACGGCAAUGGACAUCCGGUGUAUAAUCCGUUUGGCAUAGAGAAGAGAGGCGACCUGACCAAGCCGGGCUUACAAGAUGGACCAUACAGUGCUAUUGAGGGUUUUAUGCAGUUGAGAAACCCCAUCAUGAUGCCCAAGCCUAGCGGAUGA